CAUAAACUUUUCCCUUGUCUCUCCCUGCAGCUGGAGUUUGUGGGGAAGUUGGGGGACAGYGGUGGGGGCACCUACACCGUUAGUAUCCUUUGGGGGUAAGUAGAUGUUGCCAGGCCAGAAACAUUCCCAAGCUCUGGAAUUGUYCUUGACUUCAGCCCCUACCGACCUGCACAAGGCCCUGGUGUCCCUGGCCACGGCCACACUGGAGUCCAUCGUGGAGGAGAGGUUUGGGUCCCGCUGCGCCAGGAUAUUCCGCCUGCUCCUGCGCAAGAAGCACCUGGAGCAGAAGCAGGUGGAGGAUUUUGCCAUGAUCCCGGCCAAGGAAGCCAAGGASAUGCUCUACAGGAUGCUCUCAGAGAACCUGGUGUCCUUGCAGGAGAUUCCCAGGACUCCAGACCAUGCUCCUUCCCGCACUUCCUACUUGUACGCAGUGAAUGUGAUGGCUGCUGCUUGGAUGCUGCUUCACAGGUGCUACAAGAGUGUGGCCAACCUGAUGGAGCGACGGCAGCAUGAGAUGCGGGAGAACAAGAGGCUCCUAGAGAAGUCACAGCGCGUGGAGGCCAUCCUGGCCUCCAUGCAGGCCACAGGUGCUGAGGCGGCACAGCUGCAUGAGGUCGAGGAGAUGAUCACAGGUCCUGAGCGGCAGCAGCUCGAGACCCUAAAAUGCAAUGUCAACAAGAUCGAUGCCAGUGAGAAUCAUGUGGAUGAGACCAUCUUUGUGCUGGAGUCAUUCUUUGAGAGCACCGUGAAGAGGCCAUGAGGAAACAGGAUGGGAACAAGGAUGCGAACACAGACGAGGACAGGAAAAUGGAUGGGGGCGUGGAUGGGGAGAGGGACCAGAUUCCUCUGCCCACAGAGCUUGUGC